GAGAGAGAGAAAGAAACCAGAAAAAUAGAAAAAAGCGAGAAAAAUAUCCGGUGUAGGAGGUGGAGCCGUGGUGCUAUUUGAAUCACCUCUUGGCCACCCAGAGGACGCCUCUCUUUUCUUCCCACCUCCGGCACCGUCGGCGGCUGCCAUAUCUCCCCCUCCCUUGCGCCCCUCUGGCACGAGUUGUGUUGCACCUGAAUAGAGAGAGGAGCUAGAGGGGGAAAGAGGGGGUGAUACCAUCUUCACCAGUUACCAACAUGGCGGCUGUGGCUCCUUCUCCGGAACAAUCUACAGAAUUGCUUAAGAACUUAUCGUUGGAUUCACAAUCGAAGGCUCCAGAGAUUCCUGAGCCCACAAAGAAGAAUCAAUGGUUCAGAUUUAUUUAUUACUUGUUCUAUAGCCAUCUUCUGUUCGGUAUGAAGCUGGUGAUGUUGGAAAGGCAGUAAACUCUACCAGUAAUCGUUCCACAACACCCAUCCUUCAGGAAUUUGCGGAUCCUAACAUGUUCUAUGUUCCUAAUGGAUAUGCUUCUUCUACAUAUUAUUAUGGAGGGUAUGAUGGUCCAAUGAAUGAGUGGGAGGAUUAUCCUAGAUAUGUCAGUCCUGAUGGAGUUGAGAUACCACCUCAUGGUGUUUAUGGGGACUGUGGAAAUAUGAUGUAUCACCCUGGAUAUGGUUACCUUCCUUGUGGUGCAUAUUCUCCAUGUUCAUCAGUUCCAACUGUGGGUCCAGAUGGACAGCUUUAUAGUCCUCAGCCGUACCAAUAUGUGGCACCAUACUACCAGCAUCCUAGCCCACCGGUAGGCCAAUUUGAUGCAAGCAAUCAAGCUACUGUGAUCAAUUCCGGCAUUUCUGCAUGCACUGCAGCUGACUUGGGAACAGUACCUAUUGAACCUGUUAAUGGGGCUUCUAAAAAUUUAGCAAAUGACAAUGCAAAUGGGAGUCAUGGAUCACAGCCGUCCAGGCCAAGCAAUCAGUCAUCACCUGCAGUCAAUUCAAAUGGUGCAUGUGGGAAGGGUACUUUGCCAAGCAUUCAAGAUCCUCACUCUAAUUCUCAAGGGCAACGAUCAGUUUGGGUGGCUAGACCUGUGUUGUCUAAUGGGCAGCAUGGACCUGUGGCUAGUGCCCCAUUGUCUUCUCCAGUUUCUCAGCCUACAGGAUCUAGAAACCAGAAUGUUCGGUCCCCUCCUCAUCUGAUGGGAAUGCAUCCUUCUAGGCCGAAUCCUGUUAUGGCACCUGCUUCUGCCUUUAUGAACAGGAUAUAUCCAAACAACAGAGUGUACAAUCAUGACACAGGUGCUUCGAGGCUUCCUUAUGGUUAUGGCUCAAAUGGGUACGACUCCAGAGCACAUUGGCAUGGCUGGAUGCCUGUUGAUAGUAAAUACAAGCCUCGAGGACGUGGUAAUGGAUAUCUCUAUUAUAGCAAUGAAAACAUAGAUGCAUUGAAUGAGCAGAACAAGGGACCCAGAGCUGCUAGAUAUAAGAACCAAAGAGGUUUCCUUUCAGGUGUCACAUUGGCAGCGAAGGGUCAGACUCUAAACGAGAAGUCAGAGGAUUCCUACAAGGCUCCAGAGAGAGAACAGUACAACCAUCCAGAGUUUGUUACCAAGUAUACAGAUGCAAAAUUUUUUGUUAUCAAGUCAUAUAGUGAGGAUGAUAUUCACAAGAGCAUAAAAUACAAUGUCUGGGCCAGUACUCCAAAUGGUAACAAAAAGCUUGAUGCUGCUUAUCGAGAGGCCAGUGAGAAAGCCAGUGCUUGUCCUGUCUUCUUAUUGUUCUCUGUGAACACAAGUGGGCAAUUCUGUGGCCUUGCAGAAAUGGUUGGUCCAGUUGAUUUCAACAAAAAUCUAGACUAUUGGCAGCAAGACAAAUGGAAUGGUUGUUUUCCUGUCAAGUGGCAUAUUGUAAAGGACAUCCCUAACAGUUUACUGAAACACAUUAUUCUGGAGAACAAUGAUAACAAGCCUGUGACAAACAGCAGAGACACUCAGGAGGUGAAACUUGAGCAGGGGCUUGAGAUUCUAAAAAUAUGCAAAGAACAUGCCUCCAAGACUUGUAUGUUAGAUGACUUUGGAUUUUAUGAGAACCGACAGAGACAAAUGCAGGAAAGCAGAGGAAAGUUGAAGCAGAUUCAGAAGCCGAUAUGGGACGAGAAGGUAAAUACCUGUUCUGCUGAGAACAAGGAUGGGACAAAAUCAAAAUCCUUGAAGCCUAUUGAGCCAGUGGUGAUUCUUCAGAAGGAAACAGCCCAGGUUCUUGGAGAGGCAAAAUCAUCAGUAGAAAACGGCUUGGCUACAGGAGCUGGAGAUGUCGCAAAGAAUGCUAAACCAGCGACUAAUAAGAGGGUAGCAAAUGGAGUUUCCAGGGUCUGAAUCUUUAUUACUACAGGAGCUGCAUUUUCCAUGUAAUUUAUGAGUUUCUAUAGCCACAGAGAAGUUCAGAAAAUUUUUGCUGUUUUGGGUAGUGUACCUCUCACUCUUCGGCUGAGGAGAUCUGGAGAUGCAAAGCUCUUCAAGUAAUAAAAAGUAGAUUGAACCCCACAAAGAAAAGAAGUAUUAAUUUGUGGGUAUGCCAAUACAAAUUCAUUAUUGCUC